AUUCAAGAUCCUUCGUUGUUGCGUUUGGCGUCGUUACUUCCCAAAGUUGUGUUGAGCGCUAAAGCUCAAACUACUACGUUACAUUAUGCUUAUGCUUGGAAUCGCUGGAAGACGUGGUCUAAGUCCAAGAUUGGUGUCGCUUAUCUUCCAGCUCAACCCUUGUGUGUUGAGUUGUAUCUACGUGAUCUGUUAGAAUCUGCUCAGACUUCUUCUCCAGUCGAUACUGCUAUUUAUAGUAUUCGAUGGGGACAUUCCAUGGCUGGUUUACCAUCUCCGACCGAUCACCCAAUCGUCAAAUCAACUUAUGAAGGUUGUAAAAGAAUUCUUGCAAAACCGAAACAACCGAAAGAGCCUAUUCAACCCCACAUGUUGCAACAGUUAGUCGACAUGCAUGGCCACAGUACCGCAUCUCCAGCAGAUCUUUGUCUACUCUUUAUUGUUCUACUAGUUGGAUACAGCAGAUUCUUACGUAUAAGUGAAAUACUGGCCAUCCAAUUAAAGCAUAUAGAAAUUGUCUCGCAUG